AUGUCACAUAAAAUAACAACAACAAGUACUUAUUUCACGCUGUUGAACAAACAAUCAAAAUCAGAAAUCAAUAAAAUGCUUAAAAGAUUGACAACAGGCAAGCAAGUCAAUGAGGCUAAGUUGGAAUUAUGGGGUAGAUAUUUUACAAUACCAGAAU